GCCUUGCCAGUCACACUCUGCCCUUCCGCCGCUAAACACCAAGCAACCUUCUCCUCACCCAAGCGAAAGAAAGAAAGACUCGCUUCAUGCACUCUUUGUCCAGCAGAAGCAGAUUGCUCCGGCACACGAAAUAACGAUGAUGUGCAACUAAAUCUUAGGAUGAUGCAGGCAAAGACAAACUGGUGGCAAAGUGAAGUACUCUUUCUCUCUCUGUUGUUUUCUCUCUCUCUCCUAGUUUAUUUAGGAUAGUGACAAACGACAACAACAAAUAAAGUAAGAUUUUAAAAGAAAAAAAAAAUUCAGUCGGCGUGUUUCAUCAAAAGUUGUUCAAUAAAAUUAGUGGGAUAAUAUACUUUAUGAGAGCGUGGAAAAAUAAUUUUUGUAUUUUAACGGGAAAUAUAACUUUACAUAAUUGUAUUAAAAAUGCAAAAUAUUUUCUAAACCUUUGGUUAUAUACCAAGUCCCAUUAAUUUAAUUGAAUUAUUGGGGUGGAGUUCGAUGAUGAUUACAUAACUAUUUGUAUUGUUUAUUGCAAAACAUCUUUAUUUUUACAGUUGUUUUGCUGGAAGAACGGGAGUUACAUAAUUCUUCGUAGAGCCUAACAUCUCGCAAAGUUAUUAAAUUAAUAAGUCGAUGGAUAACGCAGAGUGAAUCGAGCCUAGUUCUAUAUGAUGUAGUCCUAGAAUAUUCAUUAUCACAAUUCUUCGUCAAAAAGGAACAUCGGAUAUCGAUUAGCUGAUAUAUACUGAUUAUUAUCAGAAUCCAACGUUAUUGAUUUAGUCAGUCGAAAGUACAAACAAACCAAAGCAGUGAGAAGUGGUUUUGUAUUUGCCAAAAAUAGUUCUAGGCGUUUAAUUGAUUGACGCGCAUUUUACAUUAAAGUGGCUUAAUAAUAAUCCUUACUAUUCUUACCACUUCUAUAUGUAUACAUAUUAUUAACGAUAAGUGCAUGUUGUUAGUGUCCAUCAUAGUGUAAUUCUUAUCGGAUUCACACCAAUGGAUAUGGUGACAAGAAGAUGACAUAAACUAUACGACAUUGUUCUCAUCACCGUCCUAAUCACGCCGAGCAUGUUGAUUUGCGAAUAAUUUGCCAAGUCGUUAUCUUUGAAAUUGUCAAGUUCUUAGUUUGAUAAAAGUGUGGAUAAUUAAGUGGAACCAACCAAGAUGAUGUCAAGACGAGGUGACUCAACGAGGGUCUACAAUAUUGCCGUUGUCGGACUUUCGGGAACGGAGAAGGACAAGGGGCAGAUCGGGAUAGGAAAAUCCUGUUUGUGUAAUAGAUUCGUGCGAUCCCGUGCGGACGAUUACUUUCCGGAGCACAUCUCUGUUCUCAGCGUGACCGACUUCAGUGGGAGAGUUGUCAACAAUGACCAUUUUCUAUAUUGGGGCUAUUCUACCAAAGCGAUGGAAGAUAGCCCUGAAAUCGGCUUUCACCUUGUUGAACAAACCGAGUUUAUUGAUGAUGCAACAUUCCAACCCUUCAAGGGAGGCAAAAUGGAGCCCUAUACCAAACGAUGUGCGUCGUCGAGGGUGUAUUCUGCAGAAAAGUUGAUGUACAUCUGCAAGAGUCAGUUGGGAAUUGAAAAGGAAUACGAGCAGAAGGUUAUGCCUGAUGGAAGAUUAAAUAUCGAUGGAUUUAUCCUCUGUUAUGAUGUCUCAGCUGUUCCAGAUGGUUAUGACAAAAUUUCAGGACGCUCAAUAGAUCGGCAAACGGACUUUUCAGCCGCAAUUCUGUACAACAUAACUCGCACAAAGAAGCCCGUGGUGUUGGUGACAACGAAAAACGAUGAAGCAUGUGAAGCGUAUGUGAAAGAAGCAGAGAAGCUCGUCCAACGGAAGGAGUUUCGCCAGCUAAAUAUUCCAGUUGUAGAAACUUCCUCACACGACAACGUGAAUGUAGACGUGGCAUUUCUCUUGCUAGCUCAGUUAAUAGAUAAAGUGAAGAACCGAAUUAGGCCGUUGUCUUACAAUGAGACUGCGAGGAACCGGAAGGACAUGCUUGACUCCGUAUCCGACUCAUUCCAAGCGUUAAUCCAAUCGCAUGUGACAGAUCACAGAUCAGUGUGGACUCCAGUGUAUCGUGAACUUCUUAAAUAUCCUGCCUUCCAAAGGUACAUUGAGUUGUUUGGUGAAGACUGUGCUCAACGACUCUUUCGAAGACACUUAAAACGGCUCAAGGACGAAUUUCUAUCUCGCCGCGAACGUCGUUACCUGGAAAAACUACCAGAGAUUUUGCAAACUCUCUUUCCCGACCAGUUGCCUGAAAAUCAAUCAUGGGACAUGGUACUUCAGAGAAUCAAGGAGCAUCCAGAGUGUGCGUUAUAUUUUGUUGUGGCCCCAUCAGGGUUAGCUCCAGAAACUGAUUGGACCUGGGGAUCCGAGUCGUCAACCGAGACCAACAUCAGAGAAAACCGAGAUCUUGGCCGCAUUCCUUUGGAUUUGCUAAAUCUUGGAGAAGCAGAAACGAUAUGGAGAAAUUUGGUGAACUCUCUACAACAAGAUCGAAAGCGAGGAGAAUACCGACAGCAGUUUAAAUUCCUUCUGGACAACACGCCAUACGUGACGCCAGGGAAAUCAUUGAAUGAGUUACAGGUGCUUUUCAUGGGUCACGAAUGCUUUGAGGCGCUAACAGGCCAGGAAAUUCAAGCAAUUUAUGAACAACAUCAAAUUGAGUUAAUUGAAAAGGCUAAACGAGCAUUUGUCGAGCUGAUGCUAGAACAUGCCGAAGUUUUCGCUCAAGUACGAUCUGAUUCAUCUCCAAUGGCCACCAUAACCCAACAGCAAGUCCGUGAAAUAUUCGAGAUUCUACAAGAGGACUCGCGUUACAAGGCGUUGGACCGGUUGGAUCAAGAGCGAAGAUUGAUGCUCUUACAGCAUUUAGGAUUUGUUCACUGUCCGCAACGAGAGCAUUGUCCAUCCUACCCCAACUGCAUGGACUCGAUGGUGGAAAGGAUUCUGGAAUCAGCUCCGAAAGUGACACAUUUCAAUAAUGGCAACUCCAACAACUUGUCCACCGAUGCUGUACUCACGCUGUACUUGAUUGGAUCCCCAGAUCUUGUUGACGCUGUCCGUUUCGGUCUGGAAGAACAAUGCGAGGAGGAUGAAUAUGAACUUGAUGGCGUGGUUUACACGGUUGAUCUCAAAUGUGGCGAGAUUCCAGGAACUUUCCCCUCAAAUACGUCGGGGCAUUUGCAAUCCAGACUGGUUAUCUAUUCCUCGGCAGAAACGUUGGACGACACGAAAGCGUACUUGGAGAAAACAUUGCUGAGCAAUUUGGCAGCGGAAGAGAAUGGCCCCUUAUUCGCAGAACCCCCAGUCGUCAUCGUCUUUAACGCUGGCCACAUUGAAAACUUGGACGAAAGGGAAAUGCUAAGCAAUGAAGGGCAAUCAUUGGCGGACAGCUUGGGAUGUGGUUUUGUGGAUGUUAGUGGAUCGGAUGGCCAACCGAGCACUCAACUACUGGCUGAAGCGUUGCAAUCUCUAGUGAGAAGCUUAAGAGAUCGAGUCAAUCCAAAUCAACCUCCAUUUGGGACACAAGUUGUUUUAGCAGGACAAGCUCCAGAUAUUUGUAUUAUCAUGUGCAUGUUUUGCGGUGAUUCCUACAACGUUGGAUCUCUUAUCGCUCCGUUAUUUACUUUGCCUGCUGCCCAACAGACGGAUGACAGAGCCAUUAGCCUCCUUACAUUUUUAGGCGACAGACGCCGUUGUGUGCAGAUUAUGAUGUCCUCUUACCAUGGUGCUGCAUCGCAUCGAGAGUCAUUGAUACAUGGGUUGAUUCUGGUUUAUUCGGCUUCAAGAAAGGCUUCAUUCAAAGCUCUGAAAGCCUUCUCGUCGAACGUUCCAAAUUUACCCAUUCAAGUUCUUGCAGUUACUGAAAACGGUGGUGCGUCGACAAUGUUCGGAUCCUCACUAGGACAGAAACUUAUAACGGAUGGGAAUGCGCUGGCAGAUGAGCUGAGGGGUCAUUUUGCAACAUGGAGUGGAGAACACACGGUGGGAAUUUAUACCCCAUUCUUCCGCCAAGUGUGGGACCAGAAGAGCGAUAUUGAGAAAGCAUUCAGAAUGGAAUCUCCACCAUUGUACAGAGCCCCUCCUGCUCCCUCAAGAAGGCCACCAGGAGCGUCAGAUGGAAACUUGGCAUCCACCAAUGACUCUGAUGACAUUUAUGAGCAACUUCCUAGUGGUGGUGACAGUGACGGAGGUGGGAGCGAGGAUGCCCUUGUAAAACCAUCAUGGAUACGGAAUCAACGUCAACAACAACAACAACAAGGCCCAAAGCCAAAACUAGAACCAUCUGCAUCCGACAAUUGUGUAAUGAAAGAUUUCGAUAAUCUGUGGUCUGGUGCAAGGCGAAGUCAACGAGAUUUGGGUGGAACGGGAGUUCCAAACGCUAAGUCGCAACAACCGUAUCUCGCAUUUGCAACUGGGAGGCGAAGUCAUCAUUCUAGUCGUUCUCUGAACAAUAAUGGAAUGUCGACACAAGUGCGGCAACAUGGCCAUGCAACUGCGGUCAACCCUGGAGGAGGAGGACAUGGAAAUAACGUUCCGGGGAGAAUCAAUAUGGCCGAGUACACUAUGGUCACAGAUGCAUUGUCAAGAAUGCGAUUACCUAGAACAUCUCCACCCUACUCGAAUCUUAAUCCCAAUGACGACUAUGUCAGCGACACAGCGUCAGGUCGGAAUCGCUCAAACCGUGCUCGAAGAAAUCCUGGUCGACUCCCUCCACCACCGAGUGACUCUAGUUCAUCCGCCUCUCCUGUGUCUGACCCUGAGGAUUUCUCACGUCCUAAACACAAAAAGAAAAGUUUAAAGGGAACCAACAGUCGGUCAAGGCAUCAUCCCUCUGCUAAACCCAAAGCGAUCUUUGCGCCGAUACCAACGGUACCGAAGGGAUUCGUGCCGUAUCAACUUUCGGGAGACUCUGGGGUAUUUUCGGGAUUAUCAGGGUCAAGAACGAAUAAAUCUCUCACGAUGGACGAGGGCUCAGAAGCAUCUUCCCCAGUUGAUGUCGAAAAGAAACCUUUUGCUAGACUGAAAGAAGAGAUGAGCAAUCUUGGAAAUAAGAAUAAGGAUAAAUCUCGAAAGAAAGAGAAACCUCCCAAGAAACUGACCAAAUCAAAGUCAACUGAGCAACAGCCACAGACUCCACCAAAUUUUGGAACAAGUCUUGAGGAGGCAUCAUCACCUGGUGGAAUUUUGGAACGGUGUGUAAAAUUCAUCGAAGACGAAGGUUUGGAAAUGGAAGGACUUUACCGAGUCCCUGGAAAUCGAGCUCAUGUAGAAGCGUUAUUUGCUCGGUUAGCUGAAGAACCAAAUACUGACCUUCAUUCUCUGGAUAUUCCAGUCAACGCCGUAGCCACAGCUCUGAAGGAUUUUCUAGCGAAAAGGUUGCCUCCACCUUUUCCAACUGAUAUGAUGAUGGAAGUUGAACGGGUUGCAUUGAUCUCGGAUAGAUCAUUACGGUUGUUGGAACUCAAACAGUUCCUCCGUCAGCUUCCAUCUGCAAAUUUCAAUGUACUUCGUAUAGUAUUUUCCCACUUGGUACGAGUUUCAGAGCGGUCCAGGAUAAAUGCGAUGGAUUCUAAGAAUCUCGCCAUUUGCUGGUGGCCGACCUUAUUGCCAUUUAGUUUUGCAGACAUGCUGGUCUUUGAAAGAAUGAGACCUCAUUUGGAAGAUCUGGUGCAAACAAUGAUUGAUCAAUUUCCUUUUCUAUUUUGUGGCAAAGAAGAUGUUGUAAUGGUCUGACAUCAUCUCUAUUCCGUAGACUCUCCCAAGCAUGGCUUUUCAAAACCCGGCAGCAAGCAAUUCGUGCCCAGUAGCGAACGACCCAAUAAAUACCCAUUUCGACAUUCUCAGCACUCAUCCCCGUUUCGGAGCAGUAGUCAGCAACAAGAACAACGCUGUGACUACAACAAUCACCCUUCUCAGCGUCAAUCUCUAGACGUCCCUGCGCACUAUUACUACUACUAUCAACAAUAUUACGAUUCUGGGUCAGGAUCUCCAGCUUAUGGAACAACCACAUCAACCCCUGCAACGUCCAGCUAUCGAAGAUCUUGUUAGGAUUAGAAAAAAAAACUUUUGCACUCUUCCAAUUAAUAUCUCAACAUUUCAAAUUCCUCGAGACAUUUUGGCUCAGUUAUAUUAUUGUUGUAUAAAUAUUGUGUUUUCGUAUGAUUUUUAUUAUCUCACAAAAUCUGUAUACAUGUCCAUGCGUAAAUACUGGAUAUUUAUGAGAAUCUCACAUUAAUUUUCUCAAUUAUUAAAAUUUAUUGUAUGCUUAGUAUUAUGCUUUGCACUUUUGGAACAAAAAAGUAAGUACCUUGAACGUUACUAUUCCUCCUCAAUGAAGGAAUGUGAAGUGAACAACUAUUUUCGCUAUUCUUCUUGGCAGGAGAAUAAGAUACAUUAUACACUUUUCCGUAGAAGAGUACGUACGUAUUUACGUAUAAAUAGUCGGUCGUCAACAUGGUAGAAAUGUGCGAGUUUAACUUUGUAGUCAAUUUUCAGUAAUUUUGUAGAGUAAUUAAGAAAUACGAAACAAUGGGGGUAAAGUAAGAUGGUUAUUUUUUCAUAGCUGAAUAUGAGCAACACAUUAAUUACCAUGAAUGAGACUGGGUGUUUGAAUAUCAAUAACAAUUUCUAAUAUCAUAAAAAUACAGUUGUGUGCAUGAUGCUUGGAAAGAUUUUUACAUACAUUUUUGUAAGCGUUGGAUUUGGAUAUAUAGAUUCAGUCAGUCAAAAGAUGUGGUCUUAUGAAAGCCUAUAAUGAUAAGGAAAUAUUGCGGCUUUACUUUCUCUCACAACGUUUUCUACGGCCCCAUAAAGUCCAUUUAGCAAGUAAAAGUACACGAGUCAGUAAAUAUCUCCUGUCCCACACUUGACUUCACUUGACAGGAUUUAUACUAAAGACUGUCGAUUGAUAAUAUUUAAUAUUGCAAGUGUAUAUUGUAUCAAAAGUAAUAGUUGACUGAGCCAUUAAAAUUACAGUAUUACCACAACAGAAAUAUGAAUACUGAAAAUUAUGAAAAAUUACUCAAUCCCAAAAAAGCCAAAAUUACAUAAAUGUUUUAAUAGUACUAUCUAACUGUCAUGUAGUUAGUUAGUUGACUUGAUACUCAUUAUCAUCACAUUCACUCACUGCUCACACAUUGUCAAACAAACAAGGAUCUGCAUGGCGAAAGUUACUCGUUUAGUCGAUUCCGGUAUUUUCUCCACUUCACAGAGAAGAAGAAUUGAGAAAAAUACUUGUCUUGUCACUUGUUAUUGCCGUGAAGUAGUUUUUAAAAUGAGAAAAUGGUUGAAUGACUUUAUUCACAUAACGUUUCAUUCAAUACACUGAAAAAAUACAAUCUACAUGAGAACAUGAUUUUUAUAUCAAAAUGAUUCAUAGUAUUUAUAUACAUCUAUGUUAAAAUAGAAUUAUAUAACUUUACAAGAUUUCAUUACAUACAAUAUUUAUUCACACACGCUUUUGAACAUGAUAUAAUUUUUGUGAUCCUAUAGUCCUAAAUAAUACCAUAUACAAGUGUAAUCAGAAAAUAUAAUUUACUUUGUUUUACAUUGUAUACAAUUUUUUAUAAAAAUUUCUUUUUAAACUAUUAAUGCUUUCGACGCAUACAGAGCUUACGUUUCCUUCUUUCCUGAAUACCAGCAUUAUAUACAUAUACGAGUAUAUAAAUGUAUUUAUUUAGCUGCAUUGUUACAACAAAACACUAACAGCAAUGUCAACAAUUAAUUGGCGUUCAAUAAUAUUAAUAUGAUUAGACAGCAGCAGCACUCUUCCACCAUUUUAAAAGUCUAAAGUAUAUCACAAGGAAUACUGUUAUCCAAUUUAUCAAGUCAAAAUAAUAUCUCCGACAAAAUUCUCUGAUAGUUAUGCAUACCUAAAAAUAAUGAAAUAUUUUAUUCGCCACGUAAAUAUGUAACGUUGUUAAAAAGGUAAUUGCUAUUACUUAUUAAAUGCGUUUCACUUAUAUGAAAAUAGUCAUUCGGAUCCUCAGUUAUUCGCUAAUAGUAAUAAAUGACUGUAUAGAUCAUACCUAUAUUAGACGCACGCUUUAUUAGUGUCAGAGGUUAAUUCCAUGUAUUAUUAAACCAACAAGUAAAUUGGACAUACUUACACGCAGAAUUGAAACCCAGGUGAGUUUAUACAUACAUAGACUACGACUUAUAUAAAUACUGUGUAACGACUAAAUACCAAUACGUAUAAACCAUCAAAUUAUAUACGAGACGUUGCUAUUAAUUGGGAAGGAAAUGUUAUUAUAAUUAUUAGAUUUUGGCAUUUUGAUAAAGAAGCCACAAGAUUCGCCAACCAAUAUUAUUACUGUCAAAAUGAUACUUAAUUUGCCUGGCGUGGGCUUGGCUUAUGUAAAGGUCGUCGUAAUAAGAAUAAUAAUAAGUCAAUCAAGUUGUGUGGUGGUCGGAGCUCGGUCGGAGGACGAAUGGGGGACAGUCGCUCGUAAGCAUUUUGAUAGAACAUGAAUUAAUUUAAUUGCCCUGUUGCUGCUAUGCUGCAGAUGACGAAGGGAAAUUUAGGACUAAAAAUAAAGUUAACUAUGUAAACUACUCAGAAAGUUACUCGAUGAAAUUAAUAAAAUAUAAGAGAAUGAAUGAAAAAAACAUUAAAUGAGACGAUGAUUAAGAUAAUUUAUGCCAUGUUUAAAAAUAAAAUAAAUCAUUGAUAACGAAAA